AUGAAGAUGACGGGGACGUUGACGAUGAUGGCGAUGGCGAGGACGGCGAUGUGGCGAGGAGGAGCAGCAGGAGCAGGAUAUCGAGCCGACCGUGGGAAGGAUCGGAAAGUGUUCCACUGGGACCACUGCAGAGACGUAACGCAUGAGUUUUGGAGUGGGGCACCUGGCCUAAUGAAACAGCAGCAGGCGCAAAUAUCCCAGUUGAAACAGAUCGGCGACAAUACAUCUGGCAGUGCUGUCACGACGACGUUCCACAAGGCGUGGUGCGUAGUUCGGCUCAAACGUCUUAACGUGGACAGCUGA